UACACCUGUAAAUAAUAUCAGAAUAGCUGAAAACAAUAGUCAUAAAAAAAAGUAAAUAUCAUAAUUGAAUCAAUAUGCUGCUCAAAUAUCUCGGUACUGUUAUGCCAGCACAAGAAUUGGAAAAUAGAGUGGUUAGCAUAGCAUGGUCGCCGAAUAAUUUAAAGCUAGCUGUGGCAUCUUCGGAUCGUUCUAUUUACCUUUUUGAUGAGAAUGGAGUAAAGCGUGACAGAUUUUCCACUAAGCCCGUCGAUCCCAAGUUCGGCAAGAAAAGUUACAUGGUGAAGGGAAUAGCCUUCUCCCCAGAGUCCACGAAGAUUGCAGUUGGUCAGACCGAUUGCAUUGUAUACGUGUAUAAAAUAGGAGAAGACUGGGGCGAUAAAAAAGUGAUUUGCAACAAGUUCCGACAGAGUGCUGCAGUGACUUGUUUGAUCUGGCCAGGAGACGGUCCAAUCGUCAUAGGAUUGAUGGAUGGAAAAGUCCGCGCGGCUUUGGUCAAGUCGCAAAAGGCUCAAACCUUGUAUACCUCUGAUACUAUGACGAUAGCUCUGGCUAGCAACGUCCGUGGAAAUGGCUUUCUGUCGAGCCACGCCGAUGGCAGCAUUAUUCGGUAUUACAUCACCGAGGACGGUAGCGCGGAGCCAUCAGGACGCGUGUGCGUCCACGGCGUGCCUGCUUAUGCCCUGGCGUGGCCACAGUCACAUAUCCUGGCAGCAGGUUGCGACAAACGAUUGACUCUGUACGACUCGUAUGGCAAACCAGUCAAGAUCUUCGACUUCAGCCGGGAUUCCCAAGAGAGGGAGAUCACGGUAGCCUGCUGCAGCCCGAGUGGCCAAAGCGUGGCUGUAGGUUCCUGGGAUAAGAUGCGCAUCUUCGAUUGGACGCCACGAAGAGGUAUCUGGGAGGAAAGCAACGUACGCGACUUGCCCAAUUUCUAUACCGUCACGGCGUUAGCUUGGAGACGAGACGGUUCAAAAUUGGUGAUCGGCAGUCUUUGCGGCGGUGUCGAACAGUUUGAGACUAUUUUGAGACGCACAGUGGUCCGUGGAAGUCACGAAGUUGCAUAUGUAGGUCCUAGCCAAGUAGUGAUCCGGCCUUUGAGCGACUCCUCGCAGCGUCCUAUUGUCAUCAGAUCGCAAACGGGUUUGGAGAUUGAAGACGUGCGCGUUCUAGGACGCAGAGACAAUAAUGUGGUGGCUCGGACGGCGCGCACCCUGCUGAUCGGCGACAUCGAGCUGGGUCUGAUCAGUGAGAUCCCAUGGGAGGAUCGGUCUGGCAGUGAAAAGUUUUUCUUCGAAUAUCCGGUUGUAUGCUUGAUCUUUUGCUCCGGCGAGUUGACGAUCGUCGAAUAUGGACAGAACGAGGCGCUCGGUUCCGUACGAACAGAAGCAGUAAAUCCGCACGUGGUCAGCGUACGCGUGAACGAACGACCCUCAGCUGGCGGGGGCGACAACAAGAAAUUGGCCUACCUACUGGAUCCGCGAACCAUUCGCGUAGUCGACCUGCUAACCGGCGCAACUAUCAGCAUGAUCGUCCACGACGCUCGAAUCGAUUGGUUAGAGCUGAGCGAGGCGGGUCACCGUCUGUUGUCGCGCGACAAGCGAGGUCGUCUUUGGCUGAGUGAUGACACGGGUGAUAGAGUCUUGUUGGUGACAGGAGCAUCUUUCGCGUCCUGGAUAACUGGUAGCGAUGUUGUCGUUGCUCAGACAAGCCAAACCUUGGCCGUUUGGUACAACAUAGACGCGCCAGAAGCGGCAACAUUAACGCCAAUCAAGGGUGAUGUGAUUGACAUUGUGCGAGAGGAUGGUCAGACAUCUGUGAUAGUAGAAGAGCAUGGCGUCAAGGUGGGAUAUACAUUGGACGAGGGACUGAUCGAAUUUGGCACCGCGCUGCAUGACAAUGAUUUCGGCAGAGUUGUUCUGUUUCUUGAGAAUAUGGGCGACGGUCCACAAGUGGAGACCAUGUGGGAAAAUGUGGCCAGAAACGCGAUGAACGAGAGGAAGAUCAUGAUAGCUGCGAGAUGUUACGCUGCAAUGGGUGACGUGGCUUGCGCGAGGUUUUUGAAAGAGAUUGCUGAGAUAGGAGAGAAGUAUACUAAGGAGACAGGCAACGACCCACUGGGCGAUUCGGACUGCUGGGCCCGACUGGCCAUACUAAAUGGUGAUUUAAAAACCGCUGAGGCGAUUUAUCUGGAACAGAAUGAAUUGGAUAAAGCGCUAGACAUGUACCAGCGCUAUUGGCACUGGGAGGAUGCUCUAAAUUUGGCUCAGAAUCGCAACUGGAGUGGUCUGUCAGAGCUGCGGGACCGUCAUUUAGCUUGGCUAUUGGACAGUGGCCAAGCGGCCCGCGCAGCUUCUAUUAUAGAAAAUACGAAUCCAAAGAGAGCUGUCAAGCUUUAUUUGGAGGCUCGCCGACCUGGACGAGCUGCCAGGCUAGUACUCGCCGAUAAUGAAUUGCUAGAGGACGAAAGAAUCGUCGAGGAGGUCAUCAGUGGCCUUAAAGCAACUGAUCUCAUGGAACUCGCUGGAGAACUGCUGGAGAAAACUGGAGCCGAUUCUGAAGCAAUCACUUGUUAUGCUCAGGCCGGAGUCUUUGCUAGAGCCCUCGAUUUAGCACGUAAAGUCGAUCCCACAUUGGUGGUCGAACUCGAGAGGGAUUGGGGAAAACAUCUGUCAGCGAAUGGUCAUUAUGAUGCCGCUAUUAAUCAUUUCAUCGAGGCAGGCGAGACAAUAUUAGCGCUCAAGGCCGCCAUUAACGCACGACAAUGGAGAAAGGCUUUACAAAUUAUUCAGGUGAUUGAGGACGAUGAUCCAGAGAUUCGUCAACAAUGCGAAAAAUUAGGGGAAUAUUUCUCGUCGAUCGGUGAACGAAGUCUGGCGGAGAGCCUUUUCAUUAGGGCUGAAAACGCCCAACGCGCCGUGGAGAUUCAUAUACAAUCAGGCGACUGGAUGCGUGCACAUCAGGUGGCCCAAGAAUACAUGAAGGGUGACGAGGCCAAUCAAGUAUUAGCAAAACACGCCGAGAGCCUGCAGCAGAUUGGCGAACUUCGUCAUGCCGAGUCUUUAUAUGUUGCGAUCGGUGAUCACGACGCAGCAAUCGCUAUGUAUCGCAAAGCGGGAAAUCGUAGCGACAUGAUCAGAUUGGUUGCGCAACACCGGCCAGAUCUACUUCAAACUACUCACAUGCAUCUAGCCAGGGAGUUAGACGCAGCUGGCAAACCAAGAGAAGCCGAGGAACACUUCCUAGGUGCUGGUGAUUGGCGUGGAGCGGUUACAGCUUACAGAUCUGCAAACAUGUGGGAGGAUGCAUUGAGAGUCGCUAAGAAGGCUUCGGGAGAAAAAGCGGCACAACAGGUUGCUUUGAUGUGGGCCCGAACGUUGGCUCCGGAACUGGGCGCCAGACUUUUGAUGCGACUCGGCUACUUGGAACCGUGUCUGCAAUUGGCAUGCGAAGCUAGUUUAUUUGACUGGGCUUUAGAGAUUGCCAAAUAUGGCACAAUGGAUCAAAAGAAAGAAGUUCACUAUCGUUAUGCGAUGGCGCUCGAGGACGAGGGUCGUUUCGCAGAGGCCGAGAAGGAAUUCGUGCAGGCUGGUAAGACCAUGGAAGCAGUACAGAUGUAUAUUCAUAGCCGUGAUUGGGAAUCUGCCGAGGACGUCGCACGAUCGCACAGCCAGGAAGCAGUGGCACAGGUCUUGAUCGCCCGAGCCGCCGAAGCCGCCGAGGCACAAGAUUACGCUACGGCAGAGGCUCUUCUUCUGAGAGCACACAAGCCAGAGAUGAUAAUAGAGCAUUACAAGACAGCUGGAAUGUGGUCUGAAGCAUUGCGAGUGUGUCGAGAAUAUUUGCCCAGUCAGGAGGCAGCAUUGCGUAGAGAGUUAGGUCAAAGAAGCGCGGGAUUGGACGGAGCGAAUGCGUUGGAGGAAGCUCGAAAAUGGCUUGAUCUCGGAGAAGUAAGACCUGCUCUGGAUACUUUGAUCCUGAAUCCUCAAGCUCCGAGAUCAUAUCUUAUCCGUGCGGCUGACAUUCUCUUGCAUCAGGCGGAUCCAGAAACGGCAGCGGAAAUCGGCGGUGAUCUGGGUGCACGUUUAUUUUCUGUUGGUGAACAUGCACUCGCAGCUCAGGUGUUUCUUCAGGCAGAUCGAUUAAAAGAUGCGGUGAGUUCGCUGAUGGCGGUCGGUGAGUGGGAUCGCGCGCGACGAAUCGUACGCGAGCUCGCUCCCGACCUCGAGCCGUAUCUGGAAGAGAAAUAUCGGGAUGCCAUGGCAAACGAAGGCGAAAUUGAACGAUUGGCGGAAAUGGAUGGUAACGCUGCCCUCGAGGUGAUGGCGCGCAAAGGCCAAUGGAAUCAGGUGUUCGAUGCUGCAAGUGCGCAAAGUCCGGAGGUGCUGCACAGAUAUGUGGCACGACGUGCCGCACAGUUGCUAAAGAGUGACGCCGCGCCGCAGGCGCUGCAACUUUACGCCCAAUAUGGCGCACCCGCGAUCUCGCAGAACUUUAAUCUAUAUCUGCAAUUAGCAGAGAACAUUCUAAACGCACCGCAACAGGAAUACAGAUAUUUAGCGCAACUUCGUGACGUUUUACACGGCCUUUGCCGUUCAUCACCGUCCUCCGAUAGAUUCGAGCGGCUUCUGGAGGUCGCUCACCUCUCGGCGGUAAAGCACGGCUGUCUUUCGUUUCCAACGCUUUCUGGCAUUGUUGUCAAAGCGUCAGUCAGUCUCUUGCGACACACCGAUAUUCUUUACGCCGACAGAUAUUACUACGAAGCCGGCGUCGCUGCCCGUUCCGCCGGUCUUCUGAGCGAAGCUUUCGUCUUCCUCAAUCAUUUUCUUGAUCUAGAGGAGUGUAUUGAGGAGGAAGGCGAUGGCAAUGUUCUAGACGUAGACGACCUCCGUGUCACCGAUUUUCCGUUGGAAGUACCACUUCCAGAAAAAGUUGGCGUCGCGACAGAUCAACGCGAAGAGGCAAGAGAGUGGAUACUGGCGGUAUCUAUGGAUCAAAAGAUCGAGCAAGGUUUACCAGUUGAUCAGAGAGGCGUUUACGUCGGUUCCUUGACGUCACCAACAAAUCCGGGCAUGCCUCUUCAGCAAUGCGUGAUCACGGGAUAUCCGGUGCGCGGCCCGGUUAUCAGAUUUGAGGAAACUAAUCGAGUAGCUGAUCGCGAUGACUGGACCAAAUUGAUUAACACGGCCAGACAAGCGCUCUCGGAUUCGCCACUGAAUGAUAUUUUAGUAUUUCUUCAAGAUUGGUGCGGCACGGCACCCAAGUACUCGUUUUAGAAAAAAAAAGCUUGAAAUUUGAGUAAAAAAUUAAUGAAGAAAGUAGAACCAGAUAGCGCGUUCGUCCUGCAGGCUAGCUCAUGGAGGGAUUUGAGAGAGUGGGCAACCACAGAUGAUAAUUAACCGCUUAGCAAAUAUGCUCGGCUUUGGCGCAUUCCAUAAGCCAAAAAGCCGCCCGUGGAAUCUGGCGGUUCAAAGUAAAGCAAAUACACGAACAGGCGCGCGCACAUAUACACGCGCACGUUAUAUUGACUCGAAAUCAUGACGGGUUUAAUACAUGCCGCAGGAGACGCGUGAUCCGCCAUAUUGCCGAUGUUUAACGUCCGCCAGCGACAGUCACAUCAAGAGGACAUUAUUUGCGUUAACAUUAUUUAAAUUUUAUUUUAGUAAUAAAAAAAUCAGGAAAAUGUUUAAGCUAAUAUUAAUUACAACAGCUAAUGAAAUUAACAUAAUAUUUAUGCAUGAGCACGCAUAUACUUCCUUGCUAUUAUUUUUACUAAUCAUUUC